UCCUCCAAAACUGAUUAUAUUCAUAUCACCUUUUGGAACUUGAAUGGUAACGAAUACGUUUUAUUCAAUUUUACAAUUGAGAACAUAAUACUUUCAAUUGUGACGGUUCAAGUAACUAUCGAAAAACCUAAUUUGAAAGGAGAUAAGAAAAUAACAAUUUGUGGAAAAUUGAGUUUAAAUUAUAUGAAAACGAAAAUUAUUAAAUUGUUAAUUAAAUACAGUGAGAUGUAGAGUUGCCCACCAUAAAAAAAUCACCCCGUAUAUGUUAUUUAUUUUAUAACAAAAACCACAAGUGUCGCUAAUUUUUGUAUAAAUUAUUUUAGUGCUCUGCAUACUGCAAAAUAUAUUUUAAUUAUACUUCUUGGGUUGACAUAUCGACACGCCGAUAGAAAAAGUAAUACAAGCUUUUAGAAAUCUUAUUUCUCUUAUAAAUUAUAUUAUUUGAAUUGCUUAAUUAAUAUCAUCCAGCACUAUGAAGCUUCUGUGCAUUUUAAUAACACUUGCCAUUGUGAACGUUGCGCCAAUUAUGACAGCAGACUAUGCAAAUUCGGUUUACAUUACAAACAAAUACAUCAAAGAGGUUUUUGAUAGAGAUCCUGAUGCAUUGGCAACUGCAAUUUAUAAUAUUAUUUACGGAGAUAAUACAUUUGAUGUAAUAAGUUUAAUGUUGGCCAUACCAGAAAAAGCAAAUAUUUUCAGUAUCGAUCAUGAUGACUCAUUUAUUAUGAACUUGCCAGUAUUUUUUUGUAAUUCAGAACAUAUUGCCAUAGCUGAUCAGGUGGCAGUGCAAGAAGCAAUUUCCCAAGUUACAACCAUCCCUGUGCCUAAACUUGGCCCGAACCAAAAUUUUGAGAAUGAUUCAUUGAUACAGCUCGGAGAAGAGAGAAGAAGUAUAACUGGAAAAGUUACAAAAAAUUUACUUAUCGCUGCAAUAGGUAAAGGAACACCAAGAUUCCGUAAUCUUACCGAAAUAUGUCGUCUAAUAGGUUUGCUCCGAAGUAUGCAAAGCCCAGAUUCAUAUAUAAAAACGGCUAUUGUUGAUCAAGACAAUUUUGUUUGUACGUUAACUUCGCAAAAUGGCAGAUUCCAAUACAUACCUGACCUCUAUUAUGCUUUGGUGAGGCAAAUGGUUCCUAAUGUUUAUGAAAGUAUUGGACACGUUUUCAAUGAUAUACAGAAUUGGUUCAUGUAAAAUAUCAAUCGUAGUUGAUUUUUUAAAAAUUAUACUGCACAUACUGUUGUUUUUUUACUUUAAUAAUAUUUAUAUGUCACACUUGUAUCUAAAUUUUCAUUUAAGUCAAUGUAUUAGAAAUUAAACAAUUUCUUUCAUUGAUAUGUUUUAAUACUAUA